AUGAGUGCAGAGGAAUCACAACGUAUUGCCUGCCAAGCGCUUCAAGCUUAUAGCUCGACUCCUGGCACUCAAGACGAAACGCCGAGUGUCAUUUCUAUUCUUUCCUCCUACCAGAGAGAUGGAAAUGGUGACGCUGGCUUGUUGCUGGCCAUCUUGGAAGCCAAAAGGAUGGAGGACGAGCGACUUGCUGCCCGCGAUAAUCUUGAGGCUGCAAGGCUUAGAGCUCAACAUCCUCUUCGGCCCUCGCUGAACAUGCCUUCUAGUCCGCCGGCACCGAGCGACAUGGCUAUCUGUGUCGCAUCAUUGCCAGAACCAGUGGCACAUGUUAAGCCAGUUGAUGGAACGGUACGACCUCACACCUCAGCUUCAACACCAUCAACCUCGUGUCCGGUUGCAUCGACAAAUAGUAAAAAAAGAUGUCGAGAAUCACCAAAAGACAAAAUUUCCAGUCAUGAAACCGUAACACGGCAGGAUGUAAACGCUGCCUUAUUGGCCAAGAUCGCUCGCUCCGACGUCACCAACCCAAAGCGUCCAACAACAUCUUUGCCAGCUUCGAUUCCCAGCUCAAGCAUCCCUAAGCGCCUCCCUCGUCGGAGACCAAUCUCUUCAUCAUCCAUUCGAGCUCCUAGUAGUUCUUCUGGCCACUCGCCACUAGCUAAUACACCUGAAGGCUCGCCAAUUUCUCAUCAUGCCUCACCACCUACAUUAACACCAACAUGUGACUCUGCCCAGCUACCAGCCAAGGACUUGACGACUGAAGGAGUAGCUGAACAAGAAAUUCACGUAUGGCUUAGAGUCAAAGCACAGAUUGCGACUGGGCUCGAGGAUGAGAAAAAUGAAGAGAUCUGCCACAUUUGGGAACUCGCCAGGAGUGUGAUGUCCUCGGCGCAUAUCGCACAUGCUCCCGACCUCUACAAUUUCGAGUCCUCAUGGGUUUGA